AACACGGCCUUUGUUGCUCUAAAAAAUUAUACUUUUGUCAGAAACAUUCAGAAACGAUACACAGCCUUGUCAGAGCAGAGCACUAGCCUGAAACCCUAACCCUCUCUGUCUCCUCUGUUUCCGACACCACUCUCUCUCUCUCUCUCUCUCUUCUCCGCGUUAACCCAGCUACUUCCUCUAGCCGGAAACUUCCCAUCUCCGGCAUGGCCACCAACCCGUCGGAGGGUUACUCCGACGAAUUCCUCGACCAAAUCCUCUCUAUCCCUUCUUACGCUGGCCUCGCCGGAGCCGAAACCACUCCGUCACAGCUCAACUCCGCCUCCGCCGCCGCCGCCGCCGCUGCCGCUGGCAGAAGUGGCUUCCAGCAGCAGUUUGUUCCGUUGGGUUUGAGCCUGGACAACGGCCGAGAUGACCUCAGUGGCGGCGGUGGAGCUUUUUCAGUGAAGAAUGAGAGAGAGUCUGUGAACAUGGCUAGUUUGUUUCCGGCGUUUCAGCAUUUGCAGCCUCACUCGGUCCGCCAAGCCGUUCCUCAGGCUUUUCAUGGACAACCAACUCCCAGCACAACAAUCACUGUGCCACAGCCACCUGGCAUCCGGCCAAGGGUGCGAGCUCGUCGGGGACAAGCCACAGAUCCCCAUAGCAUUGCUGAGCGGCUGCGUAGAGAAAGAAUAUCAGAAAGGAUGAAGGCUUUGCAGGAACUUGUUCCCAGCUGCAACAAGACGGAUAAGGCGGCCAUGCUUGAUGAAAUUCUGGAUUACGUGAAAUUCUUAAGGCUCCAAGUCAAGGUUCUGAGCAUGAGUAGGCUGGGUGGAGCUGGUGCAGUGGCCCAACUUGUGGCUGACGUCCCAUUGUCAUCAAUUGAGGGAGAGGACAGUGAAGGUGGAUGCAACCAAAGUGCCUGGGAUAAAUGGUCAAAUCAUGACAUAGAGCAAGAAGUAGCUAAGCUCAUGGAAGAAGAUGUUGGGACUGCGAUGCAAUACCUCCAAUCUAAAGCACUUUGCAUCAUGCCCAUAUCACUUGCUGCAGUAAUCUAUCCUACUCACUCAUCAGAUGUCCCCCCACAUGUCAAGCCCGAACCAAAUGGCCCGUCAUAGACGGCUAACCAAGUGCAUGUGCCCAUAAAAACUCCCAAUUGUCGUAAGUCCAACACUCUUUUGUACUCCUACCUAUCAUCACUUAUUAUAUAUCUUUCCUUGGCAUUCUAUGGCAAUGCAACCUAUUUCCACUUUUUAAGUUUUGUCAAACAAGGUAGGAUAUCGUAUCUUCAACAAAAUAUAGAAUAUGAAAAAUAUCAUCGUUUAUUGCCACGGUCAAGCUAUGAGAUAGAUUUUUCAAAGUCUGUCUCAUAUCCUACCCCUCUUUUUGUUGUGGUGUUGUGGGCACAUAGUCUUUUGCUCGGUGGAUGGUGGGGCUGGACAUUGUAAAAGAGUUACCCAUCCACAGGUAAAUAUAUUGUAGUUUAUGCAGACAGUUGGAAUGGAUUUGGCUAGUCAUUUUCAGGAAUGGCAUUUGGUUUUUUGUGC